AUGAUUAAUGAGAUUAAUGAUAACAAUUUGGAAGAGAUUGAAUUUAAUCAAAAGUUCACAUUAAAAUCAUCACCCUUCAAAAGUAUAUCAGAUUUAUCUUUAAUUGAAGAAACAUCAAAUUAUGAUAGUAUCGAAAAUUUCGAGUAUUUUAAUGAUGAUGAUGGUGAAACAAGUAAUAGUAAUGGACGAUUUUCUUCAAAGAAAAAUCAUAUCAAUGUUUUAAGAUCGUCAUGUCCCAUCAUGUUUGAUGAUGAUUAUAAUCCUAUCUUAACUAAAGGAGAAAACAAUGAGGGACACGAGGAAAACAAUUAUUUCAAAAACAACAAUAUAAAUACAGAUUUAUUGUCUCGUAUCACUGUUUUAGAAGAGAAUCAUGAUCAUGGAUCGAUUUCAGUAGAUCAUACAAAUUUGGAGGAUUUAAAGGAAUUAAAUUUGACCGACAGUAUAUUAUCUCGUUUAGCCGUCAAAGAACCUGGACCUUUUAAUAAUAAUCGUGGUGGUGUAUUAUCUCGAAUUGAUUUUAAGAGAAGAAAUAAUACCAAUUGUGAUAUACUUUCUCGCGUUUUAAUCAAUGAUAAGAAGAUUACAACGAAUUGUGAUAUUAUGUCUCGCGUGAUUUUCAAGGAUGAUAAAAUUGGACCAGAUAACAGAAAUCAUGACAUAGAUAAUCAAGAAGAAAAAGAUAACUCGGAUAAUACAUAUAAAUCAGUAUCCGAGCAAAAGUCUACGAAAGUUUUUUCAAGUAUUUAUGAUGACAAUUUUGAAGUACAAUUGAAUUCGUCAUCAAUAAUUUUAAACCUUAAAGAAUUAACCAUUGGAAAAUUUAUAAAUUAUUCCCCUUGCGCACUCGAAUUGAAUCCAAAUAUUCAGACUGGUAGAAAUUUUAUAAACGAAAAUGAGAUAAAACUUUUUUUUGAACCAACUGGUGGUGAAAUUAUCAAUUCAAAAUCAAUUAAUAUGAUCGUUUCUGAUAAAGAAAGUCUUAUUUGCCUUAAAAAAUUUGAUAAAAUGUUCUGGGAAAUACAAAAUUCUAUUAUUGAACCAAUUUCAAUAACGGACUUUUCUAUCCCAGUCCUUAUAAAUUUCGAAAAAAAACGGUUUCAUCACAAAUUAUCAUCAAGUACUACAUUUCAACAAUUCCUUCAACUUCUUAACCAAAAAUUUCGAUAUAAAAAUAUUUGUAUACCAAUUUCAUAUUCCAUGAUUAACGUUAAUGGAAUUUUAAAAAUUUAUGAUGAAAAAGAUUGGGAAGUAUGUAUGAUAAUGGUUACUGAAAAUUUUGAUGAUAGCAAAGAUGAGAUGGCUCUUGAAAUUUAUAUUGAAAAGACAUGA